AUUGCCUCGGGAGCUGUCAGUCAGGCGCUCACGGGGUCUCCAAAUACAAAAUGGAAAACUCCGCCGCCCUGCUCCACUCACUCCUCCUGUCCACGUCCUGGACGCCGCGCCGCCGUCUCGACCGAGCCUUGGCCACUCCCACGCGGCUCGCCCCGCCCGCCGGCCCGCUCUGCCGCUCCCGCCGGCCGACGCGAUCUGUGCGCCCGAUGGUGUCGUCGACGACCGCGGCCCGGGCCGACGCGGCGCCGCCGGGGCUGAAGGAAGGCAUCGCGGGGCUCUACGACGAGUCGUCCGGCCUGUGGGAGAGCAUCUGGGGCGAGCACAUGCACCACGGCUUCUACGACUCUGGCGAGGCCGCCUCCAUGUCCGACCACCGCCGCGCCCAGAUCCGCAUGAUCGAGGAGGCCCUCGCUUUCGCCGCCGUCCCCGACGACCCGACAAACAAACCCAAAACAAUUGUUGAUGUUGGAUGCGGAAUCGGCGGUAGCUCAAGGUACCUGGCAAACAAAUAUGGAGCACAGUGCUCUGGGAUCACAUUGAGCCCAGUGCAAGCCGAGAGAGGAAAUGCCCUAGCGGCGGCACAGGGGUUGGCAGACAAGGCUUCUUUCCAAGUUGCUGAUGCUCUGGAGCAACCAUUUCCUGAUGGGCAGUUUGAUCUUGUCUGGUCUAUGGAGAGUGGUGAGCACAUGCCGAACAAACAGAAGUUUGUAGGUGAGCUGGCACGCGUCGCAGCUCCAGGAGCAACAAUCAUCAUCGUGACCUGGUGCCAUAGGAACCUUGCGCUAUCUGAGGACUCACUGAAACCUGACGAGCUGAAUCUUUUGAAAAAGAUUUGUGAUGCAUAUUACCUCCCGGAUUGGUGCUCGCCCUCGGAUUAUGUCAAGAUUGCCGAGUCAUUGUCUCUUGAGGAUAUCAAAACGGCUGACUGGUCUGAAAACGUGGCCCCGUUUUGGCCUGCUGUCAUCCAAUCAGCACUGACAUGGAAAGGCCUCACUUCUCUACUAAGGAGUGGAUGGAAGACGAUAAAGGGAGCACUGGUGAUGCCUCUCAUGAUCCAAGGCUACAAGAAAGGCCUGAUCAAGUUCACCAUCAUCACCUGCCGCAAACCCCAAGCAGUCACAGAAGGAGAAGCUGAGACCGCAUCGCCUAGUGUAGAAUAGAACCCAUGUGAUUGAGGUACACUCAGCGUGCUGCCGCCUUGUAGCUGAAAAUGUUCGUGUUACCAUGCCUAUGUACCUGCAACUGCAAGUGCCAUAUGAAAAGUGGUUUCUAAAGCAAAAUUCUCUUCAGAUUCA